AUGGAUACACUACUAACUGCCGAGAUCGCGGCCAACGCACCACGAUACCGCCGCAAGAGUUCUACCUUCAUUGACGGCAUUCAUGAUGUGACGGAAAAUGAUAAUCUGGCACCCGCACAGUUGUACAGCACCAUGUCCGGCAGGCUAUUUCACUCAGGACGAAUUGCCAUCGUCAUGGUCGGACCCCCAGCCCGUGGCAAGACUCAUAUAUGUGUCUCCCUGGCAAGAUAUCUGCAAUGGCUGGGAGUCAAGACGCGCAUAUUCCAUCUUGGUGACUACCGCCGGGCCACAAUUGGGCCUGAAGGCGCAGUCCCUGAAGACUACUUCUUCCCAGACGCAUCUCCAUCAUCUGUGAUUCUGCGCCAGAAGAUUCUGAAAAAGUGCCGAGAAGACAUUUAUGCUUGGCUCAACCAUGAAAAUGGCCAGGUGGCAAUAUAUGAUGCCGUGAACCCCACUGCCAGUGGUCGCAGGUCUCUGGCAAAGGAGUUGGGUAAACAUGAUGUUCAGACUUUGUUUAUUGAAUCUUUUGUUGACGACGAGCGUAUUCUUCGUGAAAAUGCCAGAAAUGUCAAAAUCUCUUCCCCAGAUUUUGCUGGGAUGGAUCCCGACGAGGCUGCCAAACUGUACUUGAAGAGAAUUGAGAUGCGCAUACCCGUAUUUGAGACCAUGAAUGAAGCAGAACUCAACUACAUCAAGAUGAUUAAUGCAGGCGCCAAGUUCUUUUACAACAACGUCAGCUUCAACUACCUCUCCCACAGAAUCGUCUUCUACCUCACCAACUUGCACAUCAAGUCACGGACAACCUUCUUCGUCCGCGCCGGCACCACCGAGGAAGAAGACUCCUACAAGGCUGAUGCACCCUUGUCCGAACUGGGCAAGACGUACGCAGAAAGGAUGUCCGAGACGCUCCUCAAGCACCGCCAGCAGGAACACGACGAGCAACUGGAGAAGGGUGAAGGACAGCAAAUGCCCCUGAGACCGUUGACCGUGUGGACAUCGACGCGCAUGAGAACGGUCCAGACGGCAGACUAUUUGAAGGAUAAGGGCUACAAGGUCCGGCUGCGAUCACAGAUGAGCCAGAUCAAUCCUGGUGUUUGUGAAAGCAUGCCCGAACGUUUGAUUCGGAAAUUGUAUCCCGAGGAAGUUGAGAAGCGCGAUUUAGAUCCUUACCAUCAUAGAUAUCCCCGAGCUGAGUCCUACCAUGAUCUAGCGGUGCGUCUCGAGCCAAUCAUUCUUGAACUUGAGCGUGAACAGAAUGACCUCCUCAUCAUUGCACACGAGUCUGUUCUCCGUGUCCUCUACGCCUACCUGAUGCAUUGCUCCACCAUGGAAAUACCCAACCUCAAAUUUCCUCGCGACGAAAUCAUUGAGAUUAUCCCCGCAGCAUACCAGAAUGAGGCGAAGCGCAUCCAUAUCCCGGGCCUGGAUCCCAAGCUGCUGCCUGGGUCGCCGGAUAUCAUGCAGACUCCGAUCCAAGGAAUAAAUGCCCCCGCUGCUGGACCAGGCAGCAUCCCCGGGAGCGGUCAGAUGAGUCCUAUUGCCGGCGGUAUGAGUAGUCCUUCUGUGCCGCUGGAGCGUCCUCCAGAGAAGGUGAUUAACACAGCCAAGGACAUGGUGGCAGACAAGGUGGACGAUGAAGAUUAG